UCCUCCUCCUCCUCCUCCUCCUCAGCCUCGCCUCCUGCUCCAAUCGCAACGGCCCUUACUGCCGGGUGGGCUGAGCUGAGGCGCCCAGCUGAUGCGAGGCUCCUCGGCCAUGUCAGCUCCAGAUUCAGGGAGUGGCCCUCCUCCUGGGCAGCCGGCCCCAUUUCCCCCUGCCCCACCACCUCCGCCAAUUCUGCCUCCUCCUUUCAUGCCUCCUCCUGGGAUCCCACCUCCCUUUCCCCCAAUGGGAUUGCCCCCAAUGGGACCACGUCCACCCCCUAUGCCACCCAUGCCCCCAGGUAUGAUGCCGCCUCCCCCGCUGAUCCCACCCAUGCCUGGACCACCACCCUUGGGACAGAUGCCCAAUAUGGUGCCACCCAUGCUGCCUGGAAUGAUCAUGCCCGGGGUACCCGCUGGACCUGUUCCUGUCACUGGAGGGGCAACCCCUGUGGCAGACCCAUCCAGUGCCAUUGUGACUCAAGCAGCACCGGUGAUCCCCAAUCCAUUGACGGGGGCCAUGCAACAGAACAUGAUUGUCGGUGGCUCCCAAAUGUUGGAUACAGGCCGGAAGAAACCUGCAUGGAGUGAACACAGAGCUCCUGAUGGACGUGUGUAUUACUACAAUUCUGAAACCAAACAAUCAAGUUGGGAAAAGCCAGAUGAGCUCAAGUCUAAGGCUGAGCUCUUGUUAUCUCGCUGCCCCUGGCGUGAAUAUCGCUCAGAGACUGGGAAGCCCUAUUACUACAACACUCAGACCAAAGAGUCACGCUGGACCAGGCCCCGUGAGCUUGAUGACAUUGAGGCAUUGAUCAAGGAGGAAGAAGAGGAUGCAGAGAAGCAACAUCAGCCUGAGCAACCAGAAACACCAUUGUCAGGCCCUGCCAGUCCCAGCCCCUCAUCGGCAGCCACCUCAGACACAGAAGGCACUGGUGGAAUCGAAGGACAGGAGACACCAGGCAUUGAGGGGGCACCUCCUGCAGCUGAGGAGGAAGUUACAAGCAGUUCUGAUCCUGCCCGGAAAGAUGAGGAGGAGCGUGGCACAGGCAAUGCAUGGAUCAACAAGGAAGAAGCCAAACAAGCUUUUAAAGAGAUGCUCAAAGAAAAGGGUGUCCCAGCAAGUGCAUCGUGGGAGCAAGCCAUGAAGCUCAUUAGCAGUGACCCUCGGUUCAGUGCCUUGCCCAAGCUGAGCGAGAAGAAGCAGGCUUUCAAUGCCUACAAGGCCCAGCGAGACAAGGAAGAAAAGGAGGAGGCUCGGCUCCGGGCAAAAGAGGCCAAAGAGGAGCUGCAGCAUUUCCUGGAGCAACACAGCAAGAUGAAUUCCACCACCCGCUACAGGAAAGCUGAACAGAUGUUUGGGGAGCUGGAAGUGUGGGCUGUGGUCCCAGAGCGUGAUCGCAAGGAGAUCUACGAUGAUGUUCUCUUUUUCCUAGCCAAAAAAGAGAAGGAACAUGCCAAGCAGCUGCGCAAAAGGAAUAUCCAAGCCCUGAAGAGCAUCCUGGACAGCAUGAGUCGUGUCAGCUUUCAGACUACCUGGUCCGAGGCCCAGCAGUACCUGAUGGAUAACCCCAGCUUUGCCGAGGAUGAGGACCUGCAAAAUAUGGACAAAGAGGAUGCCUUAAUCUGCUUUGAGGAGCAUAUCCGGACAUUGGAAAGGGAGGAGGAGGAAGAGCGUGAGCGUGGCCGACUACGAGAGAGACGCCAGCAGCGCAAGAACAGGGAGGCCUUCCAGGCCUUCUUGGACGAGCUUCACGAAAAUGGGCGCCUGCACUCCAUGUCCACUUGGAUGGAGCUGUACCCCUCCCUCAGCACUGACAGACGCUUUGCCAACAUGUUGGGCCAACCUGGCUCCACCCCAUUGGACCUGUUCAAGUUCUAUGUGGAAGAUCUGAAGGCCCGUUUCCAUGAUGAAAAGAAAAUCAUCAAGGAUAUCCUCAAGGACCGGAGCUUCAGUGUGGAAGUCAACACAACUUUUGAGGACUUUGCGCACGUCAUCAGUUUUGACAAGCGGGCUGCUACGUUGGAUGCUGGCAACAUUAAGCUGACUUUCAACAGUCUGCUAGAGAAGGCAGAGGCACGGGAGCGUGAGCGGGAGAAGGAAGAGACUCGUAAGAUGCGGCGCAAGGAGGCAGCGUUCAAGAGCAUGUUGCGGCAGGCAGCUCCUCCGUUGGAACCCAGCACUCCCUGGGAUGAGGUCCGAGAGCGGUUCGUCAACAACAUUGCUUUUGAGCAGAUUACACUGGAAUCGGAGCGGAUUCGCCUCUUCCGCGAAUUCCUACAAGUGCUGGAGACGGAGUGCCAGCAUUUCCACGCCAAGGCCAAGAAGCACACCAAGAAACCCAAGAAGCACCAUCGCAAGCGUUCUGCUUCAGGCUCAGAGUCAGGGUCAGACCACCCCCACCGUGCAGCUAAACGCAAGAAACGGAACCAUUCGGAAUCUGCUGGCUCAGGAGCAUCUUCCUCACCUGAUUCAGAGCACAGCACCAGGCGCUCUAAAAGGCAGAAGAAGAAGAGCAAGAAAAAAAGACACAAAUCGAACAGCCCUGAAAGCGAAGCUGAGCACAAGAAAGAGCCAAGCCGACCUGAUGAGUGGGAGCGAGAGAAGGCCCCUCCGCGACCUGAGGGAAGAGGCCGCUCCCCUCCCCGGGGUGCCAGGAGGGAGCGGAGCGGCUGGGACACCUCAGAGAGCGAAGAGUUGAGUGAGGGGGAGCUGGAACGGCGUCGGCGGACUCUGCUGCAGCAACUGGGUGACCAGUAACAACCACUGCCUCCUCGGAGGCAUCCCACAACCCCUGCCCUCCCUCACACAUGAGACCCAAUUGGUCCUUGUUCCUGCAUAAGGCCCUACCUUCUUUCAUUUUGUUUUUGUUUGUGGGCCUUUACGCCAUCCAGGCCAAGUGUGCAUCUGGCUCAGGUAGGAGCCCUCUGCAACUGGACCACAGCCCCACUCAGAGGCACACUCCCUUUCUUCUGAGUGGGCAGCAACAGGGUCCUGCUGCCCGUUGGUGGAGAUAAUCUUCGCUGACCUCCCCACCACCCCAUCUGAACAGAGUAUGGGGGCAGAGAAGAUUAGAGUGACCAGUCUGAACCUGGACAGCAUCUCCACAUUUCACACCCAGCUCUGGCAUCCAGCCAGAAGAGGACUGGAGGGGAUGGCAACUUCUCGUGGGAAUAAAUGGCACCUCUUCCUAGCAUUGCCCUAGAUUGGAGCCUCUCUGGCCUCAGACCAGGGGACCAGGGACCAGCAAGUUUGCAGUCUCAGCCCUGCCCUGUCAGCCUGUUUUUGAAGGCAGGGCUGAGCUGAAGCAGUGAUCUUUUUGUAAGUUUGUUCCCCAUGUCAGGAUUCUUCCUUCCUGGUUGCAGUAUCCCUUGUAUGUUUGAGGAUUUCAAUGGCAUUUUUAAAAUGAUAUUUAUAAUAAACGUUGACUGGAAGAAUUGUU